UAAACCACAAAACUUUUUUCUUUUCUUUUUUUUUUGAAGUGUGAGGAUUAUUUACAUGACAACAUGAGUGUGAGGAAGAAAAAGGCCGGGCUGGUGAUCAGCUGGCAGAGGUCCAUCUCCAUCCUGGCUCCCUGGAGAAAAGGGAAAGGAGACAGAGACGCCGUGUUGGACAGUGAGGUCGUCCUGACGAAAAUGAAGUUCUUCACUAACUUCCACGAGAAGCUCCUGACGUCCGUUGACUCUGGGUCGUCGGAGCAGGACGUCUCACGCGACCACAACCCGACCCCUGAGGUGAAUUCCCAUCUGGACGAGAAGCCAACGCAGCUUCAAACGGACGCGGGAUCUGAAUUCUUGCCCGGCGUCUUCUCAGACUCUCAGCUGCCGAGGUUGUAUAAGUUUGAGUCCGACGACUCUGGAGUGGAUCUCCCCAGCGGAGCCAACUCUCCGUCCACGCCGACAGGCUCCGAGCAGAGCUUUGUGGUCCACAGUCGGGAGUCGUCCUUCCUCUCCUGCAACUUGACCUCCGACCCCAACGCUCUCCCCGAUGAACAAGCUCAGACCUCUGAGAUGAAACAGGCAGAGGCGGAGGAUCAGGACGAUGUGUCGAUACGUUCAGAGGAACUGUGUUCAACAGCUGAGACAGAAGACCUUCAUGGAGAUGGAGAGCAGUGCAGAUCUUCAGGAAACAGUCCUGAAGGAGAUGAGGAGAUUUCUGAAGAGCUUGAGGAGAACAGGACAGUAACUCAAAACACCUGCACAGAGGAAAUCAGGUGUGGACAACAAUCAUUGGCAGAAAACCGAGAUGACGCGAUGGCCAGGAGGAAGAGCGCCACCAGUGACAGCCUGGAGGACUACAUGGAUGAAUGCUGCAGACUCAGUGAGGCAAAGACCGGGAGCUCCAGCGCUCCGGGUUCAGGUCUUGGUUACCUGCAGCACAUCUGUCAGCUGCUGGAGAAGAUCGGUCAACUCCAGGAGACAAACCUGCGGCUGCAGAGACACAUCUGCUCUCUGCAGAAGGAGAACAGGACGACAAAGGCCAAAGAGGAGUUUGUCCAGCAGCAGUGCAUCUGUGGAGCUGCCGGUCUCGUCCUCCAGCCCGUUCAGAAGAGACUCUCCAGGAGUGAAUAUCCGUCCCUGAACGGGACGCUCUCUGACCUGUCCACCAUCCCCGAGGUCACCCAGCAUCCUCUCAUACCAACCACAGACGUGAGCAGCGAGAGUUUGACAUCGAUCCCACUGUGGAGGAGAAGCCUGAACGGGAGGAGUUCCACUGAGGGGGAGGUCCGCUGCCUCGGGGACAGCGCCGAGAGGCUCUCCUACCCCCAGCGAAGGCAGAGUGAAAACCACACUUGGGGCCGAGUCAAAGACCUGGUGAGGAAAACUAAGUUAAGGAACCAGAGCAGCAGACUGGGACUUUCCUCUGCCUCGCUGAAGAUGUCCUGUCCACAACUCUACAGGCCUGAUCUGGGACCAGUGGAACCUGCUGGAAGAAACAGGAACUCCAUGAUCGUCCUCGGUCACCAGAGUAAACUGGACUUCCCGUGGCUUCCGUAAUAAUCCAGUUGGGUCACAUGGUGGAGAAGUGGCUAGCACUGUUGCCUCACAGCAAGAUGUAUCCUGCGACCUGUCCAAGGAGUGACUCCGCCCUUCACUCUUGAAGUGACCUUGUGACCCUCAUGUGGAAGUCGCUGUUUGCACUUCUCCACUUUGACGACUGGUAAGUACACAACGCAGCGUCAAAUCUAAUCUCCUACUUUCAUAACAUAAAUGUCUCAUCUUUAUUUUGGUAUAGACUGUUGAGGAACCAGAACCAGUUUAAGUUCUGUUUUUUGGGGAUUAAACAUUUCUAAAAUGACAAAUUCUAGAGAUUUUGAUGAAAAACUAUAAUGCUGACUCAAGUUAGACAUUUAAACACUUAUCUAAAAUGGUUGACGGGGAUUAUAUCAUUACAUCCUCUAAAAUAUGGUCACAUUAUUUGGUACACCUGUUUGACUGCUUUCUAAUGCAAAUAUCUAAUCAGUGCAUUGAGGACAUGAAGACAUGUUGAAAACCGAGCAUCAGAAUGAGGAAUAAAGUUGAAUUAAUUGGCUUUUAAUGAGAAUGAGACACAGUUGUGCAUCUGAGUAUUUCUGAAACUGCUAAUUUAGUUGGAUUUUAACACAC